AUGAAUUGUUGUUUAAUCUGUUCGAUUAUACCUGCAUUAUCAAAUGGAAAUUGUUGUCAGAAACAUUUAACAUUAUUAACUUCAACAUUUGGUACAACAGUAUUACCACCACAAGUUAUUUGUAUGGUACCUCCAGUAACUAAUAGUUGCUGUAAGUUGAAACGUCAUCGUCGAUCAUGCUCAAAUACUAAACGACAUCAUUCUUCCAGUUCAUCAUCAUCAUCAUCUUCUUCUUCUUCAAAUUCUCGACAUCGAAAAAAGAAAAGAUCAUUAAAUUUAAAAUCAUUUGAUACAGAUGAUUCAUCAUUAUCUUCAAAUAUAGAAAGUACUAGGAUAACUAAUAGCAAAUCUCGAAAGAUACCAAUUCUUCGUCGACCACAUCGUAAACAAACUUCACCAUUAUCUUCGUCAAUAAAUACAAAUAUGAAAAAUAUUAAUAAAAAUUCACGUAGACAAAGUAGAUUUUUUUCUACUCCAAGUUUAACUCUCAAUAGACACCGAACUACCACUCGAAGACAAUCACUUUUGCAAAAUAAAUCUGUACAAGUGAAUAAUAAAUCAACGUCUUCAGAGCUAAUCGAACUAGAUCCAGAAUUAUCAUAUUCUCCGCGUCUUCUAUUGAAACGAAUUAUUCAUGUUAAAGAUGAAGAUGAAGAGGUAAUUCCAAUUAAUUCUAGAAUAAUUCUAAAUAUGAAACAAGCAACUGAACAAAUGGCAAUAGGAGACCAUCCUCAACCAAAAAUAUACCUUCAACGUAUGUCAAAUUUCGAAGAGAAAUUAAAUAUAUUAAAAAAAAAGAAAUUAACAGCAAAAACAAUUGUUGAACAACAACGAAAUGAAAUACGUUUAUUAAAAUCAUCAAUGACAAUAAAUGAACGAUUAGAAGAAAUUUAUAAAAGAUUUGAUAAUAAAACCAAUAUUGAUAAUAAUCUUUAUAAGAAAAUUUUACAAUUAUCAAAUAAUAAAAAUGAAAUUUUUUCAUUAAAUGAUCAAAUACAUCAAACGAUUGAAAAUUUAUCGAAAUUAAUUCAACAAAUUCUAAAUAUACUUUCACUUAAAAAUAAUCAUAAUCAUUUUAAAAAUCAAGAUUUAAAUAUUAUUUUAAAAGAACAAAAAGAAUGUUUUCAAUUAAUUAAAUGGAAAUUAUCAGAUAUGUAUGCAAAUCGUAUUGCUGAUGAAGUUUCUUGUAUAACAAGUUAA